ACGAAGACUUUAAAACGUAAGUGAGUACAUUUUAGUAUGCGCACCUCUCAUUACUCUCUACUGUAUUUAACAGAAUGAACGAAGACGAUUCUUUAUUAGUAACUUCAAUGAACCGCCAAGGUAUAGCAAUGAGAGAUUCCGUAACGCCCGAAUUAACAUUCAAUUACAGUUCUCAGAAGAACGUUUUCGAUGAUGAUAAAAAAGAAAAUAAUUCUUGUACAGCUGCCACCAGGACCGGCUUGCAUUACUUGACUAUAGUAUUCCUAGGAUUAGCAUCAUGGGCGGUACUUUGGUGUGCCUUCGGAGACGAAUGGAGUUGGAACGGUCGAUGGUUCAAGCCAGCCGUGGUGGUGGCUAUAGCGUGGGCUACUGGAGAACUUCUGCAGAUGACCACCACACUCCCACCUUUACUGGCAGCCUUGCUCACUGGCAUCAUAGCAAGAAACAUCGGGUACCUGGAUAUGAGACACUACACUGAAUUAGACAGUUUUAUGAGAAAAAUAUACCCAUUCAUAAUUCUGGGCAAAGGGUCUCUGGGCUGGAACUUGACCUAUAUGAAGAACAACUGGAAGCAGGUGGCUGCGCUAGGGGUGCUACCCUGGACAGCUGAAGUUGUGACCCUCGCAGUCUGCUUGAAUCAACUGCUCGGAUAUCCAUGGAUUUGGGGUUUCCUUCUAGGGUCGAUCUACGCUUCCGUGUCAUGUCCAGUGCUAAUGCCGACGGUAGUUAAACUAACUGCAGGGAAAAACCUGGGUCAAAACUGGCCGCAACUAAUCUGUACAGCGGGUGGAACGGACACCGCCCUCAGUGUUGGCGUGUCUGGGGUCAUCCAUAGUUUUAUCAUGUAUGAAGGCGAUGAUGCAUAUCGUUAUAUACGGGCGGCGUGUGCGCUGUUCCUGGGUGCAGCUGUGGGCGUCAUGUGGGGCAGCCUUGCCAAGUUCCUCCCCCACUCCCGAGACGUUUACGUCACGGAGCUAAGAGUGCUGUACGUCGUCGUCGGUGGCUUCUGUGCUCUCUUCAUAACGUCACAGUUCGGAUGGGGUGGUACAGGUGGUAUAGCAGUAUUAGCCUGUAAUGCGACGGCAGCACACUACUGGGCGAAAUCUGGCUGGAAACUGAACAACAAUCCAGCUGCCACAGCAUACCGCAUUAUGUGGUCAUCUGUCGAGCCGGCUCUCUUUGCCUUCACAGGAACCUUCUUCGUUAUACACCCAUCCAUAUCAAAGCUGAUGCUGGUUGGUUUCGGCAUACUGUUCGUGUGUCUGGCAGUCAGGCUGAUCGUAGCUUACCUAGUGUGCACUACUUUAACAGUACGAGAGAGACUAUUUGUGUGCUGCACUUGGGUACCGAAGUCCAUUGUAGAGGCGGUGUUGUGUCCAGUAGCGAUAAACGCUUUCAUAGCUCGCGGUGACCAUAAUGAAGUACAGAUGGAGUACGCGGAGUACAUCAUGAAACUCAUCGUGCAAGCGAUAUUAAUCACGACGCCUAUUGGCUACCUACUAACGAACCAUUUAGGUCCAAUUUUACUGAAGGAGAAACACAAAAAAUGUGAAAACGGUAAGAUAUUUGUGUAAUUAUAAUUCUGCUAUAGUUAUAUUUAGG